AGACUAGUCUGGUCGUUCUCUGUAGUUUAUGUCUACAUUUUGACGACCGAUUUUAAAUGAUGAGGGAGUUCAUCAUUAUUCUACUGACUUCCCUCGUUCUCCGGCCAGGUGCCGCUGGUCCUCUGUGUUUCUCCUGUUCUUCUAUGUCACAGGCACACUUCUGUGACGUCACGGAGAGAUGUGGCGAUCACCAGGUGUGCUACGUGGAGGAAGUCCUAACCAACAGUGGUCACAUUAAAUACACGUCGGGAUGUGUGUAUAACCAGACGUGUACCAAGAGUGUCAUUUCUGAUCACACUGCUCAUGGGCAGGUCACGUGUCUCGACUGUUGUCAAGGCGACAUGUGUAACAACAAAGGGUGUGGUGACACGGGACCCAUGGUAAGACCAUACCGAGGCCCGUACUGUUUCCAGUGUGAACACCAGUCUCACCCCAGUGAGUGUGAACAACUCAACAUAUGUGAUGUGGACCAGAUGUGUGGUAUACAGGAACACUUCGAUGGGUUUGGUAGACAGUACACCAGUGGCUGUAGAGGGAAGCUGGAAUGUCAAACCCACACCCACAUGCUGGUUGGGAGGGACGUGCGUUUCACUGACAAGCGUGUUGACAGGUGCAACAUUUGCUGUGAUGACGACUUCUGCAACUACGCAUGCUCUCAGAACCAUUCCACAUCCGGUUCGACUGCACCCACAAAGGCACCUAUUUUACAACAUAUAACAGCACCCAUCACGCCUGCCCCGGGGCCAACCUUUGGACCGUGGGGGGAAUGGCAGCCUUGUACUCGUACCUGUGGGAGAGGCUGGCAGGAACGUUACCGGAAGUGUGAUGACGUCAUGAAUGGUCUGCUGAGUAGCGCAUCCUGUUCCAGAUCGGGAGUGGACACGCGGGAGUGCUUCAAUGACGUAUGUGAAGACUGUAACGCCCUCUACAGUAUCGGCUAUAACGUAUCCGGGAACUAUACUAUCUAUCCCGACCAGACUUCCGGAUAUGACGUGUACUGUGAAAUGCAGCCGGGGAGCGGGGGCUGGAUCGUCCUCCAGCACCGGUUUGAUGGUUCGGAGAUGUUCAACAGGUCAUUUGUCGAGUACGAGCAUGGAUUCGGCGAUCUGAACGGGGAGUUCUGGUUGGGCCUAGAGAAAAUAUCAAAACUGACCAACCCAGGACGUAAAGUCGAAUUUCGUCUACAGACAUAUAACGGUACAUGGAUGACCCUAGAUUACGGGAAUUUUUCAGUCGCCAAUGCUAGCCAACAGUACGCUUUGAACGUGUCCCAACAUAUCUCCGGAUUUUCGCCGGAAACGUUCGAAUACAAUUCCGGGGAGAAAUUUUACACGUAUGACCGCGAUAACAUUGAUCAUUGCGCUGUUCGAAGGUUUGCCGGUUGGUGGUUUGGCUCAUGUACGUAUCUAAACAUCAAUGGAGAAUACGGACUCCGAGACGACGAAUCCGGAAUCAUUGAACACUUCAAUAACCUGCAUUAUCAUAACUUCCAAACAACUCUAAUGAUGAUACAGUGAUCUGUGUUGUUUUGGGCCCAUCACAUGAGACCUUUGGUACCCGAAAGUAAUGACAUCGAAAUACAGACUGCAACUGUAAAACAACCGUACCUGUCAGCAAAGUAGUAUGUACGAUUUAACGAAUAGUUGAAUGUCCGAAAAGGUGAUCAAAUUAAAGUAUUGUGGACAUCAUUUAUAAAACUUUCCCUUUUUUGUUUUAUGUUUGUUAUUUUGGUCACGGGGUUAUCUUAUUCCAACGUUUUGACGCAAUCUGUGUGUCGCUUUUCAGAGGUCCACUCUUUACCCAACACACUUGGUGUGAAGAAUUGCGCCGAAAUCGUCCUUAUUAUACAAUAGAUAUCUUGAAACAAGAAAUUAACAUCUCAAACCUAGUUAUGAUGUCGGUGAUGUUGUUACUGUUGAGUUGUGAUACGUGUACCAGUUAUAUGAAAAUC